GGUCAAGGUUCGUAGAAACCUCCACCACUUCCUUUCCUACCAGCGGAGGCCGUCUAAACGCUUUCAAAAUGGGCAAGUUCAUGAAACCUGGGAAGGUGGUCAUGGUCCUGGCUGGACGCUACGCCGGCCGCAAAGCUGUCAUUGUUAAGAAUAUCGACGACGGCACGGCCGACCGGCCUUACAGCCAUGCCCUGGUGGCCGGCAUUGACCGCUACCCCCGCAAGGUGACUGCCACUAUGGGCAAGAAGAAGCUGGCUAAGAGGUCCAAGAUCAAGGCUUUUGUUAAAGUCUUCAAUUAUAACCACCUCAUGCCCACCAGAUACUCCGUGGACAUCCCCCUGGACAAAACUGUCGUCAAUAAGGACGUCUUCAGGGAUCCUGGGCUAAAGCGCAAAGCCAGACGAGAAGCAAAAAUGAAGUUUGAAGAGAGGUACAAGACAGGCAAGAACAAGUGGUUUUUCCAGAAGCUCAGGUUCUAAAAUUCUGUCAAUUCACUAAUAAAACUGUUAAAAAAA